GUGUGUGUCUCACUGUCUGUCUGUGUGUGUGUGUGUGUGUGUCCCUCUCGGGGUUGGGGAGAUGUGGCUCACACAGUCAGUCCGGCUGUUGUUGGCGCUGUGGUGGGUGCGGGGCCGCGGACCCGGCGUGUGGUCAGAGCCGCAGGACAUCAACCUCCCGGGGAAUACAUCUCAACCGUUGGACAACCAGAUAUCGAAUGUGACUGACACGUCCCAAGACUCAGGGCAGGAGCUGACCGCUGGCACGGCUCUGGUGUGUAAUGGGAGCCAGAACACUCUGAGCGCCAGCGAGGACUGUGGCUGCCCUGAGCCCCUGGUGCUGACUGGGGAGAGCUGCUCGUGUGCCCCAGGGUACAGCCUGCAACCAGCCAGCAAACAGUGUACCGACGUUGAUGAGUGCCGGGUGGCUGUAGUGACUGGGCUGGCCGCUUGUGGAGUUCACACCCUCUGCACUAACACCGCCGGCUCCUACACGUGUGACUGUGAGCCAGGCUUCGUGACGUCCCCGGAGACCAGCCGUUGUGUAGAUGUUGAUGAGUGCAGCUUCGAGGAGCUGUGUCGGAGGGAGUUGGGCAACACUUGCAUCAACACUGUGGGCAGCUACACGUGCAUCUGCCGGCCUGGCUUCCAACUCCAGGCUUCGUCCUGUGUGGAUAUUGAUGAGUGUGAGGGCGAGGCGGCUGUGUGUGUCGGAGAGUCUGUGUGUGAGAACACACUCGGUAGUUAUCGGUGUGGGUGUCGGCUGGGGUACCGAGGCAAUGGGACACACUGCGAAGAUGUUGAUGAGUGUGCCGGGGGCAGACAUUCCUGUGCGAGUGACGCUCGUUGCGGUAACAUCAUUGGCUCCUAUUACUGUCAGUGUCACCGCGGCUUCAACGGCGACGGAAUCACCUGCUUCGACAUUGACGAGUGCUUGGUGAGUAAUGGCCUCUGUCAGCACCUGUGUGUGAACCAGGCCGGCAGCUUCCACUGUGUGUGUCACCCCGGCUUCUCCCUGACACACAACGGCACAUCCUGCACAGAUGUUGACGAGUGUGACGAGGGGGUCACCAGUUGUGAGCAGCUCUGCACCAACACUGCCGGCUCCUACAGCUGUUCCUGUUAUCCUGGUUACCAGCUCCACGUGGACAGCAAGCAGUGUGUAGAUGUUGACGAGUGUAAGAUUGGGAACGGAGGCUGUUCCCACUCGUGCCUCAACCAGGACGGCUCCUAUCACUGUCUGUGUCCCCCUGGGCUCAGCCUCCAGAGAGACAACACCACCUGUGUCAACAUUACGUCCUGUUCACUAAAGAACGGGGGCUGUGACCACGUGUGCACGGAGUGGGGUCCUGGCAGCUUUGCCUGUAGCUGUCACCCAGGUUGGCUCCUCACCACAGACAGCCGGACCUGCCAGGACGUGGACGAGUGUGCGGACUUCACACGUGGGGGGUGUCAGCAGGUGUGUAACAAUCUCCCCGGAGGCUACAACUGCACCUGCCACCACGGCUAUCAGCCCCGCCCAGACCACCCCAGCCAGUGUCAACCGCUCUGUGACCCGCCCUGUCAGAACUACGGUGUAUGUGUUGCCCCCAACACGUGUGAGUGUCCUGCUGGCUAUCCCAGGCCCGGCUGUUCAGCGGCGUGCUCUCCCGCAUGUGGACAUGGAGGAACAUGUCUGCGUUUAAACACGUGUCUGUGUGUCCCUGGCUGGACUGGUCGCGGCUGCCAAUCAGCUGUAUGUGAGUUGCCGUGUGCUAAUGGAGGCAAGUGCACCGGCCCCAACACCUGCCAGUGUCCGUCCGACUACACCGGGGAGCAGUGUCUGACAGCCACAUGCACUCCCCCCUGCCUGAACCGAGGCAGAUGUAUUGAUGUGAACAAAUGUUUCUGCCCCAGAGGAUGGCGUGGGGCCCGCUGCCAAGUUGAGCCGGUGGUGUGUGAGCCGGGCUGUAGGAAUGGAGGCAUCUGUGUCGGACACAACCGGUGUCAGUGUCAGAGCGGCUUCACCGGACCAGUGUGUCAGCACGCUGUGGUCGAGCCCUGUGUUCCCCGAUGCCAGCAUGGAGCCACCUGUGGCCCCUUCAAUCAGUGCCAGUGUCCAGAGGGCACAGCCGGGCACCGCUGCGAGAGACUGACCUGUCCGAUGGUCACCACUGUGGUCAGUGUGGCUCGAGCCACACGCCGGGGGGUACGAGAAAGUUAUGUGGACAGGUGUGGCCCACUCGGUGUCCAACUCUGCACCAAAUACAGGAUAAACCAGAUGCGGGUGUAUGUCCAGGCAUACCUGGUAGGUUACAAGAUCCAGUGUCCGAUCAGAGGACGGAGCCAGCGAGCAGCGCAGCGCUGGUGGGCGAGCGAGUGAGCGAGCACGAGGUCCCUCUCGCUGUCUCUCUCACCCCCUCUGCGGAGCCGACUUGUGCCAAACACACACUCUCAUCACUCUUAUGUAUCAUUUAUAAUAAAGGCUUAAGGACA